AUGUGCCCCGGACCUCCUCUUGUGGAAGAGAAACUGAGCGACCUUAUUUCCCACUUGAAGCGCAACGUAAUUUAUCGUUUCCGGCGCCGCCGUGGUGCAUCAGUGAGAACGUGGUACAUCUUUGAGAAACCGACAGAUAUUCUCAUGUUCUCCUUGUUCAUCGCAGAUUUAUUGCAAGCCAUCAGUUCGGUCAUGGAUCUAAAAUGGGUUGGCAGUGGCCAUGUCGAAGUUGGUGAAUUUUGCUCAGCCCAAGGGAUCAUUAAACAGUUGGGUCAGGUUGGGGUCGCACUGAGUACUCUUGCCAUUGCUUUAUAUACCUUUAUCGGUGUCUGGAUGGGUAUGCCAAUACAAUCAAACAGAGUCACUGGUGCCAUCAUUGGCGUCGUCUGGCUCUUCAUUAGUCUCUUGACAUUACUUGGUAAUGUCUUAAAUGAUAGAGCCAGGGAAGGAUUCGAGAGGCCGACUCCGUACUGGUGCUGGAUUGGGGAACCUUUCUUCAUGUGGCGGCUCUUUGGUGAAUACUUGUGGCUCUGGAUCACACUCUUCAUCUCUAUCAUCACCUACAUCCCCCUCUAUUUCUGGAGCUGCGGAAACAUCACCUUUGAUGAUAUUUCGUGGUGGAAGUUCACUAUACAUCGUGCUGACCAUUCCGAAGAGCUCAAAGGUAUCCGGCGCCAUUCAUUAAUAAUGCUUUUGUACCCAGGCAUUUAUUGCCUAAUUACCUUACCGCUAAGUGUUGUGCGAUGGAUAGGAUUCGUUCAGGAACAACGUGGACUUGUCAACACCAUUCCUCCCGCUGCUACAUUUGCUGUCAUGACAAUUUUUAGUCUAAGUGGUGCCUGCAAUGCCAUCCUCCUGCUCAAAACACGUCCGGAAUCUGGCCUUUUUAGUAGGAUCAACCACGAUGAUAUGGGUUUCGCUCCAUCUUCUGUGCCACUUCAACCAAGGGGAAUAUCAGCUUUGGAUUCUACUGUUGAGGCUGAGGAUAAUGUUCUCGGAAGGCUCCCAUCUCGUUGA